UGUUUCCGGUAUAGAUGCAGGCUCUAGCCUCCAGAUGUGUUGUUGACGCUGUGUGAUGGCUCCAGUGUUUCCUGCAGAUGUCCAGCAGCUGUUGGUGAUAAAAGAAGAGAUUCCCUAUGAAUGCAGCCCUAAUCUGGACCAUCAUGACGCAGAGUUUCUUCACAUAAAGGAGGAACAGGAGGAACUCUGGAAAAGUCAAGAGGGAGAACAGCCCAGUGGGCUGGAGGACAAUAUCUCUGGGUUCCCAUUCACUGCUGUUCAUGUGAAGAGUGAAGAUGAUGAUGAGAAACCUCAGUUCUCAACGCUUCAUCAAAGCCAAACUGAAAACAGCAGAGAGACAGAGCCUCCAGCUAGCAGCUCAGCUGAACAGAUAAAAACAGAAAUCAGUGAAGAAGACAGUGGACCACCAGAAUCACAUGCAAACUGUCAUUUACAAUCUAAUACUGAUGGAGAGACUUCAGAGUCUUCUGAGACGGAAGUCAGUGAGGACGAUGAUUGGCAGGAACCUUUGUCAGAUUUUGGACCAGAAACUGAUGACAACGACAGCGGGUUAAACAACAGCAGAGGGUCAAGUGUAAAUAAGGAUGUGGGAUUUAAGAUUGCAAAACAGUCUUUAGGUUGCUCUGAGUGUGGUAAACAGUUUGUCUGCAAGCAGUCUCUUCGGAAGCAUGUGACAUGUCACUCAGAAAAAAGGUCUUCCAACAGUUUGGUUAAUGAGAAACAUUGUAGAGUGGAUCAAAACUGUGAUUCUCAUAUGACCAUCCACACAGGAGAGAAAUCAGUUAGCUGUGACGAUUGUGGUAAAAGAUUUAAUCAAAUGAGAGAUCUUAAAAUACACACACGGGUCCACACAGGAGAAAGACCAUUUGAUUGCAGUGAGUGUGGCAAAAGAUUUAGAUAUCAAGGAAGUUUGUAUGUACACAUGAGACUCCAUGGUGGAGAGAAACCAUUUUCUUGUAAUAAAUGCGGUAAAAGGUUUAACCUCAAGACAAAUCUUAACAGACACUUAAGAUCCCACACUGAAGAGAAACCGUUUAGCUGUCACAUUUGUGGACAAAGAUUUAACUAUAAAAGAAAUCUUAACAUGCACAUAAGAGUGCACACAGGAGAGAAACCUUUUAGUUGUGACGAUUGUGGACAAAAAUUUAACCAAAACAGAGAUCUUAGGAGACACAUGAGAGUUCACACAGAAGAGAAACCGUAUGUCUGUGGCGAUUGUGGUAAAAAAUUUAGUUAUCAGUGUAAUCUGAAGAGACACAUGGCACUUCACAAAGGAGAGAAACAUUUUACUUGUGGGGUUUGUGGUAACAGCUUUAACAGAGAGGGGAAUCUAAAGAUACACAUGAGAGUCCACACAGGAGAGAAACCAUUUGGCUGUGACACUUGUGGUAAAAGGUUUAACCAAAAGAUACAUCUUGAGACGCACAUCAGAGUUCACACAGGUGAGAAACCUUUUGACUGUGAGUUUUGUGGCAAAAGAUUUAGACACCAGUGUAAUCUAAAGAUACACAUGAAAGGUCACACAGAAUAGUUUAGUAAUAGAUACAAAUUGAAUUUCAGCUGUUCCUUUAUUCGCAAGGGGUUGCCACAGUUUUUACACAUACCCUUGCUUACGCAGUUGUUCCACAUUUUAUUCAUGUUACAGUUUUACUUCAAAAUGUAUUACAUUUA